AGAGGAACACGAUUGGCUGGAAGGCGGGACUCCAACAUCAGGUUUUAAUGGCGGACCUGUGUGUUCUCCGUGUGUGUUCGGUGUAGUUAUGUGUUCUGUAUCAACAACUGUGGAAGACAUUUGACAAGUCUACUUUUCGUGGCCGGUACCAGUUCAAAAAUGGCGACGUUAGUUCUGGACAAUGGAGCCUACACGGCGAAAAUAGGAUACAGUCAGGAGAAAGUCAGCGUCAUCCCAAACUGCCAGUUUCGCUCCAAGACAUCUAGAUUAAAAACCUUCACAGCCAAUCAGCUCGAUGAGAUCAAAGAUCCUUCAGGCCUUUUUUACAUCCUUCCUUUCCAGAAGGGAUAUCUGGUCAACUGGGACGUGCAGAGGAAAGUGUGGGAUCAUCUGUUUGGAAAGGAAAUGUUUAAGGUGGAUUUUGCAGACACCAGUGUCGUCAUCACCGAGCCGUACUUUAACUUCUCCUCCAUUCAGGAGUCCAUGAAUGAGAUCCUGUUUGAGGAGUAUCAGUUCCAGUCAGCUCUCAGGAUCAACGCCGGCUCUCUCAGCGCUCAUCACUACUUCCACACUAAACCCUCGGAGCUCUGCUCUUUGGUGGUCGACAGCGGAUUCUCCUUCACACACAUCGCCCCCUACUGUCGCAGCAGGAAAAUGAAGGAAGGCAUCCGCAGGAUCAACGUAGGAGGGAAGCUACUGACCAAUCACCUGAAGGAGAUCAUUUCAUAUCGCCAACUACAUGUCAUGGAUGAAACUCAUGUUAUCAACCAAGUGAAAGAGGACGUCUGCUACGUCUCCUUACAGUUUUACGAGGACAUGGAGAUCGCACAGAUGAAAGGGGAGGAAAACUCUGUGAUGAGGGAUUAUGUUCUUCCAGAUUUUAGCUCCAUCAAAAAAGGCUUCUGCAAGCCACGAGAGGAGAUGGUCUUCAGUGGAAAGUACAAGACAGGAGAGCAGAUCUUGAGGUUGGCAAAUGAGCGCUUUGCUGUUCCUGAGAUGCUCUUCCACCCGGCAGACAUCGGCAUCCAGGAGAUGGGCAUCCCGGAGGCCAUCGUGGACUCUAUCCAGUCCCUGCCAGAAGACAUGCAGCCACAUUUCUACCAGAACAUCGUCCUGACUGGAGGAAACACUUUGUUUCCAGGCUUCAGAGAGCGACUGGAGGCUGAGCUGCGCUCACUCGCCCCCGCCCACCUCCCUGUGUCGGUCCUGCAACCUGCAAAUCCAAUCUGUUACUCCUGGGAAGGAGGGAAGCUGCUGGCACACAGUCCGGACUACGACGAGAUCGUGGUGACCCGCGAGGACUACGAAGAGAAUGGACAUUGUAUUUGUGAAGAGAAGUUUGAUAUUUGACUGAACUGAAAGCUGUAGCUUCAGAUUCUCCUGCGUCAUCAUGGACAGCUCUUUGUUAAUGUCUCUGUUUCCAUCCACUAACAGGAUGGAUGGGAAGUAAAAGAAGAAAGUGAAAUGUUUUUUAUAUUUCAGUUUGGUGUGAUAUAUUUUUUUACAUGUUGAUGUGCUGAUUGUUUUUCUAACACCUCCUAGUAUAUUCUGAAAUGAGACUAAUACUAAUUCAUGAGUAUGACUUAAGUGUUAAAACUGUCAGCAUUUAAAUGAUAGCUGUCUCCUGUCUCUUUCCAAGA